AUGAAGGAUGGAAUCAAUAGUGCCGGCUGUGAUAGUGGCGGCCACAAUGACAUUUGUAUCCCUUUUUAUCAUGACGGUAUUUACCAUAAUAGCGCUUGUAGUGUUGAUUAUGAUAACCGGAAUGGUGCUUUUGAUGAUGACCACGAUGACGGUCAUAAUGAUGAUGUUGAACAUAAUGUCCACAUUUGUGGUGGUGGUGAUAGUCAUUGCAGUUGGAGUGGUGACUAUAAUGGUGGGAGGGAUAUUCAUGAUGAUCAUAAUGGUAGUCAUCAUCGUCGUCAUCACGGUGAUGACUGUAUUCACGACCAUUGUGAUAUUCAUGAUGAUCAUGAUGGUGACGAUAUUUGUGAUGAUUGGUAG